UAUAAAAUGCUUUUGAUAUGAUCAAACAUUUAUUUAAAAUGUCAGUGUUUCAAUUUUAAUUAAUUAUUUAAUUCCAAAUUUAUUAAAUUGAAUAAUAAACUAGUUAUAAAUUUUAACACCACACAAUUAUAGUACAAUUCUAGACUUGUUAAAUAUAACAAAAAAAGAUAAAAUGUUGCGACAAUUUAACAAGACCAAGUGUGCGCUUCUUGUCUUUCCACGUAGGCAUUCUCAUGCCACUCAAAUAUCUCCAAAAAAUAAUGAAUCAGAAAAAUAUAGAAAAGGCGAUCUUAUUCAUGGAUUUGUUCUCGAUGAAAUUGCACGAGUUGAUGAAAUGUUUUUAGAUGCUAUUCGUUUAACACAUUUAUCGACUGGUGCCCAAUAUCUUCAUUUAAAUCGUGAUGAUAGUAAUAAUGUAUUUUCUAUAAAUUUUCGCACAACUCCGAUGGAUUCUACAGGUUUACCUCACAUUCUCGAACACAUGACUUUAUGUGGAAGUAAUCGCUAUCCAGUACGAGAUCCUUUUAUGAAAAUGUUGCGUCGAUCACUUGCAACAUUUUUAAAUGCUAUGACUGGUCCUGAUUAUACAAUAUAUCCAUUUUCUACUCAGAACAUCAAAGACUUUUACAAUCUUCAAUCAGUCUAUGCUGAUGCAGUCUUUAAGCCACUCCUAAGAGAAAUGGAUUUUCGUCAGGAAGGCUGGAGACUGGAACAUGCAGAUUUAAAUGACAAAAAAAGUUCAAUAAUAUUCAAAGGAGUGGUAUUUAACGAAAUGAAAGGAGUUUUUAAUGAAAAUCAAUGGGUUUUUACGGAAAAAUUUUUAAAUUUGAUUCUACCAAGUCAUACUUAUUCAGUAUGUUCUGGUGGAUAUCCUUUAGAUAUUCCUAAAUUAACUCACAAGGCUCUUACUGAUUUUCAUGCAAAAUAUUAUCAUCCAUCGAAUUCACGAAUUUUUUCAUAUGGAAAUUUUCCUUUUGAAAAUCAUUUAAAAUUUUUAAAUGAUAAUUACUUUACAUGUGAUAAAAUUGAUCCUAAAAUGUCAUCCGUUCCAUCUGAAUCUCGAUGGAAAGUACCAAGAAGAGAACAUAUAACGUGUAAAAUUGAUCCUUUAGCUUCUGAUCCUGAUAAACAGAGUGUUAUAGGUAUUGGAUUCCUAUGUAAUGACAUCACUGAUAUUCAAACAACUUUAGAACUUAAAAUUCUGUCGGAGUUACUUUUGAAAGGUCCAAAUUCUGCAUUUUAUAAAAGUCUAGUUGAAUCUGGUCUCUCUGAUGGUUUUGGUGGAUUUACUGGCUAUGAUCCCCAAUGUAGAGACUCAAUAUUUAUUGUCAGUCUUCAAGGAGUCAAACCUGAAAAUUUUCAGAAGAUUGAACAAGUUUUCGAUGAAACUGUUAAUAGAGUAAUUGAUCAAGGUUUUGGAAAAGAUCACGUACAAGCUGUUCUCCAUGGUAUAGAGAUUAGAGUUAAGCAUCAAGUAUCAAACUUUGGCAUGAACCUUCUGUUCAAUCUUACUUCUUUGUGGAACCAUGAUGGAAAUUUGAUUGAGUCAAUGAGAAUAAAUAAAGCUAUCGAAAAUUUUAGAAUGCAGUUGCAACAAGAUUCCACGUAUCUUAAUAAACUCGUUGAAAAAUAUCUGAAAAAUAACCAGCAUCAAUUAGUUUUAACAAUGUCACCUGAUGAUGAGUAUGAAUCGAAGCUAAAAACAGCUGAAGAAAAGUUGUUACAAAGUAAAUUGAAAGAAUUUUCCAGUAAAGAAUUAGAUCAAAUUUAUAAUAAUGGAUUGAUUUUGAGGAAGGAUCAAGAGAAAGAAGAAAAUUUAAAUAUUUUACCCACAUUAAAAAUGGAAGAUUUGAAAAAAGAUGUUAAUCGGUAUGCUACAGAAAAUAUUAAAGUCUGUGAAGUUCCAAUUCAAAUAUCAAUUCAACCAACUAAUGGAGUCUCGUAUUAUCGUGGGAUUCUCAAUACUUGUGAUCUUUCUGAUGAUCUUAAACUUUUAGUUCCCAUUUUUAACAAUGUCAUUUCUAAAAUGGGAACUAAUAGUCAUGAUUAUCGAAGCUUUGACAGAUUAUGCCAACUGAAAACUGGUGGACUUCAUUUUUCAAGUCAUAUAGCCGAAAAAAUCGACAGUUUAACAAGUUAUGAAGAAGGUAUUUUAAUAAGUUCAUAUUGUCUAGAUAAAAACACUGAUGACAUGUGGAAAUUGUGGAUUGAAUUAUUUAACGAAGUUAAUUUGGAAGAUGCUACACGUUUUGAAACUUUAAUAAAAAUUCUUGCUGCUGACUUAUCACAGGGAAUAGCUGAUUCGGGGCAUAUUUAUGUAAUGAAUAGUGCAGCAAGUCUAAUAUCUCCGAUUGCUAAAUAUAAAGAGAGUAUUUCAGGUCUAGAAUUUGUUGGAAGGAUGAAAAGAAUGGUACAAAACAAAGAAUUUGUAACAGUAUUGGAAAAAAUUAAAGCCAUAAGUCAACAUGUACUAAACAAAGAACAUUUUCGUACUGCAAUUAAUACAUCAAAUGAAAAAAACAUUAUUUUAAAAGGAUUACAUGAAUUUUAUCAAUCUAUUGAUGGGAUACCAAAUGUUGAGACAGUUAAGUUGACGCAAAAUAAUCAAAAGAGUAAUGUUGAAAAAGGAGUUCAUCAUGUUAUGCCUUAUAAUACAAAUUACACUUCAAAAACAAUAUUAACUGUUCCUUACAGCCAUCCCGAUCAUGCUUGCUUGCGAAUCUUAGCUAAAUUAAUAAGUUCAGUUUAUUUGUUGAAAGAAGUUCGUGAGAAAGAAGGUGCAUAUGGAUCUGGUGCGACUAUUUCAACUGAAGGAGUUUUUACAUUUUUUUCAUUUCGAGAUCCUAACAGUACUAAGACAUUUGACACCUUUGAUAAAACUUACGAUUUUUUAAAGAGCUUUCACUUCAAACAUACAGACUUAGAUGAAUCUAAAUUAGGGGUUUUCCAAAACAUUGAUGCACCCAUUGCACCUGGAGAUCGAGGAAUGACUAAGUUCAUUACAGGAUUAACAGAUGAUGAUAUUCAAAUGCAGAGAAUUAGGUUGAAAAAUGUGACGAAAGAAGAUGUAUUGAGAGUCGCAGAAAAGUAUUUGAGGCCUGGAAUUGAUGGAGUUAAAGUUGGUCGAGCAAUAAUUGGCCCAGCAAACUCAGAAUUAUUAGAAAGGAAAUCAGAAAAUUGGGAAGUUUGGACAAAUGAAAGCGAAGAUAGUCAAUGAAAAUAACAUUUCGUACUUUUUUCAGAUUGACAUUAUAAAAUUUAUAAAAUAAUUCUUAAUAAUUUGCAAAAUCCAAACUAAUGACAGUGUUGUAGUAGUUGAAGUUAAUUUCUCUAUUAAAAUGAAUUUUUUAUA